GGUUAUAUAUGGGGCCACUAUGGGGGAUAUUAUGGGCUAAAUAACAUAUAUGGGGCCAGUUAUGGGGUCUAUAGGGUCUAUAGGACACCCAACCCCAUCGGUGGGCCCCACCUUUGCCAUCGCCCUUUUAAAUUAUACCGGAAGUCUCAAAAGGAACCGGAAGCAGGAAGUAUUCCACGCAAAGCACUCUGGGAAAGCGACGGCGGCGUCCGGAGCGACGCCAUUAUGGCUGCCGCGUUGGAUUUGGGGUCGAAGGAGCAGAAGGACGCGGCCUUGGACCGACGCAUCGCGGCGCUGAGGAAGAAGAACGAGGCCUUGGUGCGACGGUACCAGGAAAUAGAGGAGGAUCGACGACGUGCUGAAUUGAGGGGGGGGGCUGUGACUGCACCGCGACGGACCCGGGACCCACAGCGUCGCUAUGGGGCAGCGGUAGAUGGUCUCCAUGACCGGAAUCCCGUCCGGAACUUUCUGGAUGAUCCCCGACGUUGUGGUCCUGCUCAAGAAGAGGGGAGUCGACGACAUGGACGUAACUGGGGGGGACCCGACUUCGAGGGCGUGAGGGUGGGAAUGGAGCGAGAGAAGGGUCGGAACCCGAAGUCGGUUGACGUGACGCUGUCGAUGACGGGUCGGGAACGGGCCGAAUACGAGCGAUGGAAACGGGAACGGGAUCGAAUCGACCGCGAGCGGCUGGAACGGCACCGACAGCCCAGCGGGAAAUGGCGCCGGGAAUGGGACGCCCAUAAAACAGACGGCAUGUUUAAGGACGGCGCCCCCCCUCAGAUCCCGUAAAUCUCCCCCCCCCCUUAUAUUAUGGGCCAAUUACCCCCAUUUAAUUGUGGGGGGGGGGCACAUAAUAAACCUUAAUAUCUGCCCAGCCCCAACACAACCCCCCACUUUGCCCCCCGACGGAGGAAGGGUCGGGGUCGUGCUCCCCCUCCCAGCAAAGGAUAUAGCAUGCACGACGACCGCUGGGAGGAAGAGAAGCAACAGGAGGAGGUGAGAACCCCCCCCCCCCCUAGAAAAUAA